UGGCUGUCUGGCUGUCUGUCUGGCUGUCUGGCUCUCUGUCUUGAGCCGAGGAGCUGGAUGGAGGAGUAGGAGGCCUACGUCCGAUGGGAUUCGGGAUAUCGUAUUCAUGGAAGAGUAUGGUGUGUUCGUGGACUGUGGUUUCACAUAUAAAGGAGAGCGCUGCGCGUCUUCUGGUUCUUUUCUCAGGACAUUUCCGUCGGGCUCAUACCAUCCACGACUUCCAACAUGAGGUUUCACGUCUUUCUGGUCGUUCUGACGGCCUGCCUGAGAAACGCCUUGGCUCAGGUUGCAUUCUCGUUCACCCAGGACGGCAUACUCGACGCUGCCUCCUCGACAGGGACGGAGUACAAUGCGGGUGGCUCGCUGACGCUCAACGGAUACGUCGUCACCGUGCCGAAGAACUUCUUCGUCGAGUUCCCGGCCAGAUGGGUCCCGUGGAAGGAGUUUGCCGCCGGCUCCUUUACCGGAUUCGAGGUGAAUGUGUUUGGCAACAUCGUCGACGGCAAGCCCAUCGCGGCCAUGAUGCAGAUCGCCCAGAACCUCCUCCACUUCGGCACCGGCGUCGUCGAAUCCGUCGACAUCCCCGACGGCUCCCUCAAACUCAUCGGCGGCGCCCGUCUGCGCAUCAACGACCCCAACGCCGUCUUCUCCAAGGGCUCCACCGCCAGCCCCCUCUUCCAGGCCGACGACGAAAGCCCCAGCAUCCAAGCCUUCUCCGGCUUCCCCAUGUGCAUCCCCCGCAGCACCUCCGACGCCCUCUGCCCCAGCUCCAACCGGCCCGCCGGCCAACGCACCUUCCAGGCCCCCGACCCCCUCGUCAUGGCCCCCUUCCUCGCCGGCGACCAGCUCGAGUUCAGCGGGAUCCGCGCCGCCGGCACCUCCGAGAUCCUCGCCUACGAAAUCGCCGCCGUAAACGUCCAAAUCACCACCUCCGGCACCCCGGCCUACCUCCGCGUCGAAGACGCCAUCAUCGGCAUCGUCGACACCUCCGCCAACACCGAAUUCGCAGACUCCCGCUUCAUCGGCUACACCUCCGACCCCGCCGUCACCGUCCUCGUCGAGGCCAUCGACAUCGACCCCUGCACCGGCGACCGCUCCCUCCGCACCAUCGGCUCCAUCGCCCCACGCGCCGGCGACGUCCGCAACAAAUUCGAGCUCCGCUCCGAAGGCUCAAACCCUACCCUCAAAUACACCCGCGAGUACCGCCUCUCCGCCAACACCGGCACCAAGCAAACCAAAAACGGCCUCUCGGCAGGCGAAUACAUCCAGCCCGUCACCGAAUGGAUCUUCCCCGAACUCGACGUCCCGGGCGCCGAACCCCCCGCCCUCACUUUCGCAAACAUGCCCUUCCUCACAGACGGCUGGUUCCUCGACGGCAAGCCCUACGGCCCGCUCAGCCCCUUUCCCGCCGCAAAUCCGCCCCCGCCCGCGAAAUCUUGCCCUGCCCCCGCGCCCUCGAGUCCUUCCUCCCCCACCCCGACCGCGAACGCAGGCCCCGACAUCACCGCCCGCGCAGGCACGCUCGUCGUCCUCACCGGCUCCAACGGCGCAAACGCAGCCCCAGACCCCGCAUUCAGCACAUCCUGGCGCCAACUCCCCGGCGGCGGACCAAGCAUAUCCCUCACAUCCCCGACCGCCGCAAAAGCGACCUUCAUCGCGCCCUCCGCGUCCCCGUCCGCGGCCCUAACCUUCCAGCUCACGCUUACAUCCACGACAAACACGUCUCUGACAUCCACGGACACGGUGUCCGUAGUUGCGAACCCCGCGCUUGCCGAUGCAGUGGUGAUAGAUAGCUAUACGUGGACGAGCAGCCAGAGCGGGACGAUCAGCGUGACGGCGCAUAGCAAUGUGGUCGAUGGGAGUCAGCGGGCGAUGACGCUGACGAUUGACGGGGCGAGUGCGCGGAGUGUGCUGAUGACGGGGUUGGGAGGGGGCAGGUGGAGUUAUAGUAGUCGGAGUGUGAAGCUGCCGGGGACGGUGAGCGUGGCGAGUGAUUUGGGGGGCAGUGCGUCGAGGACGACGACGACGGCGCGGAGGAGGAGGAGGGGGGUGGGGAUUGGGAUGGGGAAGAGGGGGAGGAUUGGUGGUUGGGGGUUUUGA